AUGGCUCGCAUCAGAAGGAUUAAGGAGUUCUUUAAGGGCUCUAGCGAUAAAAGGGGUGAUGCUAGGAUAGAGCACCAACCAAAGGCAGCAGCCUUGGACCCCCAGCCUAAGGAUAGCAACAACUCCUCAACUUCAAAGGUAGCAAUCGAGCCUUGGUCAGAGGCGGAGAAGCGGAUAAAACAGGACAAAACGUUGAACAAAGUAUGGGAGGAAUCCAUUCGUAUCCUCAAAUCGGAUUUCGCAUUGAAAGAGAAUGACCUUCACAGCUUCCUCAGUGUGAUGGCAUGGCGGCUAGACAGCAAGAAGUGGACGGUUUCAAAUGACAUGAAGCAAACUGGCACCUUUCCCACCGAUACCAGGGAGAAGCUGACCAAAGUGUGCCGGAAUGUUCUGGUCUUCAAGGAUGUUAUCACACCCACAGCAGCCGCGAGCCCGCCUGUUGCCAUUGCAUGCGCCGGAGUGAUAGUCGGCCUCCUGCUGCUCAUACAAGCCAUGGAACAGCAUGAUACCCUUCUAAAGGGCUUGGAGACCACCUCUUCUCUGAUAUCCCGCCUGCAUGUAAUCGAAAGCCAUUUCCUGCACCGUGACGCCAACCUCAGUGCUGAUCUGAUGAGAUCACUUGAAAAUGACAUGGUACUGCUGUGUUACAAAGUCCUGGAGUUUCAGUCUCGGGCAAUCUGCUACCUACAGAAGCAGUCGGCAGUGCAAUUGCUUACAGACAUGUUCAAGAAAGACGCGUGGGACGAGAUACUACGCGAUAUUGAGCGAUACGACGCCUCCAUUCAAAAAAUCACCUCCUCAGCACACGAAGUAGGGGUAGACAAGCAGCUUGAGGCAAUCCAAGAUGCGCUGCAAGGAGUGCAGAUAUGGCAAACCACGUCUGUGCAGGAUCAAAAAAGAGCAAACCUCUUUAGGCGGCUAUAUACCUGCCCGUACAAGGAUCGCAAGGACAGGAACAACAGGCGUGUGCCGGGCACAUGUGAGUGGUUUACAAGUCACCCACAGUUCACAGGGUGGAACCAGAGCGCGAACUCUGAACUGCUCUGGGUUUCUGCAGACCCAGGGUGUGGCAAGUCAGUACUUACCCGGUACUUGGUUGAUGAGUAUCUGCCCAGCGGGAAGAGAACGGUCUGCUACUUCUUCUUCAAAGAUGAUUUCCUCGACCAGAAACGAGCCACAAACGCACUCGCUUCCAUUCUACGCCAGCUCUUGCUAGCCCAGCCACAUCUUUUGCAAGAUUCUCUCCUGGACCAGUCAGAGGCUGCUGGGGAUAAAUUCGUUGAGUCCUUCAAUGAUCUGUGGAGCAUGUUUGUUCGUGCCACGGCAGACAAAAAUGCAGGUGAAGUAGUCUGCGUAUUAGACGCGCUAGAUGAGUGCCGGGGGGAUGACCGGAAGAAGCUGAUCCAGGCAGUGGAGAGCCUAUAUCUCGGUAGCUUUGGGAAUCGCAAAGUCAAGUUUCUGAUGACAAGCCGGCCAUAUGAUCAUAUACAUCGCGACUUUCAUAAUCUGGAGAAAAACCUGCCCACGAUCCACCUCAGUGGCGAGAACGAGGCAAACGUCGAGAUGAUCUCAAAAGAGAUCAAUCUAGUCAUCAAAGCAAGAGUUGAAGAGAUUGGUGAGCGGAACUCGCUGCUGCCAAAUGAGUGUGAUUUUGUCAGCAACCAACUCACUUUGGUUCCCAAUCGAACAUAUUUGUGGGUUACCCUCGCAUUGGAUGUUGUUGAAAGAAUGCCGGGAUUUAGCAAAGGUAACGUUCGCCGCAUAGUUACUGAUAUACCCAAAGACAUUGAUGCCGCAUACACUCGAAUCCUGGAUCGGAGCCCAGAACAUACCAAAGCCAGGAGGCUGCUCCAUAUUGUAACCGCUACAUAUCGUCCCUUGACUCUCAAAGAAAUAUCUGUGGCCUUGGCAUUAAGCGCAAAGGAUCAAUCAAUCGAUGAUAUCCAAGAAGAAGUACAGACUGAUGGGGCACGAAUCCAGAAAAUGGUGAGAAACCUGUGCGGCCUGUUUUUAGUCACUAUAGAUGGGAAGGUUUAUCUUCUUCACCAGACUGCAAAGGAGUUCUUAGUGAAAAACAAGCAUAACUCUGCAUGUGGUGAUACCACCGCUGGUGGGUGGAAGCACAGCCUGCACCCAGAGAAAUCCCAUUAUAUCUUGGCGAGGAUAUGCACUUUUUACUUGAGCGAAGAUCAGACAUAUGAUCUCUUCCCUUGUUUCCUGGAUUAUGCAGCAAAAUGCUGGGCAGCACAUUUUCGAAGGGCUUCUGUCUCUAGCGAGGAUAAAAUAACAAAGCAGGCGCGCAUAGUGUGUAACCCCGAAUCCAACCUCUUCAAUAAAUGGAGUUCCAUCUAUCAAAAAGCCUACAGAAUGCUCAUGAGCCUAGGUGACUUACAUCUAGCCGCUGCACUUGGGCUCACAGCUGUUGUCAAGCUGCUUCUUGAUAUUAAAGAGGUGGAUGCAAAUUCCAGAGACAGUGGUGGACGAACUCCUCUAUCAUAUGCUGCAUUAUAUGGAUUUGAGGAAGUUGUCAAGCUGCUUCUUGAUACUAAAGAGGUGGAUGCAGAUCCCAGAGAUAGUGGUGGACAAACACCUCUAUCAUAUGCUGCAGUAUGUGGAUUUGAGGAAGUUGUUAAGCUGCUUCUUGAGACUGGAAAGGUAGAGGUAAACUCUACAGGUGAUAGGGGGAAAACACCGCUGUUAUACGCUGCAAUACGCGGGCAUGAGAGUGUUGUUAAACUACUUCUUGAGACUAAAGGGGUAGAGGUAGACUCCAAGGACUAUGAUAGGCGAACUCCUCUCUCAUACGCUGCAGAUAUUGGAAAUGAGGGAGUUGUUAAGCUGCUUCUUGAUAAGGAUGUGGAGGUAGACUCGAAGGACAAUAAGGGGCGAACUCCUCUCCUAUACGCUAUUGAACGGGGAAACGAGGGAGUUGUUAAGCUACUUAAGACUAGAAAGGUAGAAGUGGACUCCAAAGACUCUAGAGGCCGAACGCCGCUAUUAGUGGCUGCUAAUCAUGGGCAUGAAGGGGUUGUUGACCUGCUCAAGACUAAAGAGGCGGAUAAAACCUCCGAGGACAACAAGGGAUGA